AUGGCAGCAAAUGUUGAUACAUAUCAAUGUUCAAUUUGUCGUGAUUUAUUGUGGUCUGAACAAAUAAGUACAAUUUCGACGUGUGGCCACACAUUUCAUGAUGAAUGUAUACGGUGGUGUUUACACACAGAUGAACGAUGUCCGCUGUGCCGUUUAACUUCAAAUCGUAGAAAUUUAGUAAAAUUGAUUUUCACAAAUGGUUCUGAUUUGGAUACAAGACCAACAACGACAAAAACAGAAUGCACAAAAAUGAAUAAAGCAACCCUUGAAGCAACUACAUCAGCAUUCAAACCUUCAUUAUCAGACGAUGUUAAAGAAAGAGUGGCAUCUAAUGUGGCAUUCUUGAAAGACUCCAACUUGAGCCUAGACUUGAGCUCUGAUGACGAACCCAUUGCACAGACGUCAUCCACAAGCGAACAUAACAUUGAAAAGAACGGAGCUAUUGUGGAUCAUCGCAAAUCACGAAACAAAACAACAACUGAUUAUUUUCGAUACAAUUAUAGACAAUGCGUUAUUUGCGAAAUGAAUUUCACAAUAACAAGUCAAUCAGAUCUUGAU